AUGCAUACCACUUUCGGACAGUGCCUGGUCGUUGGCGUGAUGGCCGCCUCGGCGGUGUCGGCGUUCUCUGUUGCCCAGACGGGCACUGACGUGGCUCGGCUUGUGGUCCCCGCGCUGAUGCUCGCCCUUCCUGCACAUGCCAUGCCGGCCGUCUACCAGCGUGCUCCACACCACCAGGGAGCCAAGGGGAAGGGAACGAAGGGCGGGCGCGACCUGACUGCAGAUGACGACGACGACGAUGACGAAGACGAGCAUGAAGAUGACGUGGAGCUCGAGACCCGGCAGCCCCAUCACCAGGGCGGCAAGGGCAAAGGCAAAGGCAAGUCCGGCGCUCGUGACGUCGAGGGUCUUGAGGCACGAGAGCCGCACCACCAGGGAGGCAAGGGUAAAGGCAAGGGGAAGAAUGGCGCUCGUGACCUUGAGGGGCGGGAGCCUCACCACCAAGGCGGUAAGGGGAACAAGGGCAACAACAAUAACAAUAACAACAACGGUGCUCGGGACGUUGAAGAGCUUGAGACGCGUGAGCCUCACCAUCAGGGCGGCAAGGGCAAGGGCAAGGGAAAUGGAAAUGGAAAUGGCAAUAACAACAACAAUGGCGCCCGGGAUGUUGAAGAGCUCGAGGCACGCGAGCCCCACCAUCAGGGCGGCAAGGGGAAGGGGAACGGCAGGAAUGGUGGUCGCGAUGUGGAAGACAUUGAGGUUCGCCAACCCCAUCACCAGGGGGGCAAAGGCAAGGGGAGGAAGGGCAACUAG